AGCGGAAGUGCCCGCCAAUCUCCAGCUCGCGGAAAGGUUUUUCCAAGAGAGGUGGUGAAGGGCUGAAGAGCGCUUUCCAAGGGGCCGGGAGCUGAGAACUGGGGCGGCGGCGGCGAUGGAACGCGGCGCGGAAGGCCGCACGGCCAGCGCGCUUUUCGCAGGGUUCCGGGCCCUGGGGCUGUUUAGCAACGAUAUUCCGCACGUGGUGCGGUUCAGCGCGCUCAAACGCCAGUUCUACGUAACGACCUGCGUGGGCAAGAGCUUCCACACCUAUGACAUUCAGAAACUUAGUCUGGUUGCAGUAAGUAAUUCUGUUCCACAGGAUAUCUGCUGUAUGGCAGCUGAUGGGAGGCUAGUCUUCACUGCUUAUGGGAAUGUUUUCUCUGCAUUUGCCCGUAAUAAGGAGGUAGUACAUACCUUUAAGGGUCAUAAGGCAGAAAUCCAACUUUUGCAACCCUUCGGAGAUCACAUUAUCUCUGUUGAUACUGACAGCGUUCUUAUUAUUUGGCACAUAUAUUCAGAAGAAGAAUACCUGCAGUUGACUUUUGAUAAAUCAGCUUUCAAAAUUUCUACAAUUUUGCAUCCAAGUACUUAUUUGAAUAAAAUACUUCUGGGCAGUGAACAAGGAAGCCUGCAGUUGUGGAAUGUUAAAUCCAAUAAACUUCUAUAUACAUUUCCAGGAUGGAAAGUUGGCGUGACAGCUCUUCAGCAGGCACCAGCUGUGGAUGUUGUUGCUGUUGGUCUUAUGUCGGGUCAGGUUAUCAUUCACAACAUUAAAUUUGAUGAAACAUUAAUGAAGUUUCGCCAAGACUGGGGACCCAUUACUUCAAUUUCAUUUCGCACAGAUGGUCAUCCAAUAAUGGCAGCUGGAAGCCCAUGUGGCCAUAUUGGACUCUGGGAUCUAGAAGAUAAAAAAUUAAUCAAUCAGAUGAGAAAUGCACAUUCUACAGCAAUUGCUGGACUGACGUUUCUCCAUAGAGAGCCACUCCUUGUCACAAAUGGCGCUGAUAAUGCUGUCAGGGUGUGGAUAUUUGAUGGGCCUGCAGGUGAAGCCCGACUUUUGAGAUUCCGAAUGGGACAUAGUGCUCCUCUUACCAGUAUCAGAUAUUAUGGACAAAAUGGACAACAAAUUCUAAGUGCAAGCCAAGAUGGAACUCUUCAGUCAUUUUCCACGGUACAUGAAAAAUUCAACAAGAGCCUGGGACAUGGAUUAAUAAAUAAAAAGAGAGUCAAACGUAAAGGACUUCAAAAUGCCAUGUCAGUAAAACUUCCACCUAUCACGAAGUUUGCAGCUGAGUCAGCUCGUGAGAGUGACUGGGAUGGUAUCAUUGCUUGCCAUCAAGGUAAGCUAUCCUGCUCAACAUGGAAUUAUCAAAGAGCAACAAUAGGCUCUUACUUUCUCAAGCCAAAAGAAUUGAAGACGGAUGACAUCACUGCAACAGCAGUGGAUAUAACUUCUUGUGGAAACUUUGCUGUAAUCGGCCUCUCAUCGGGAACUGUAGAUGUGUAUAACAUGCAGUCUGGUAUACAUCGAGGAAGUUUUGGCAAGGAUCAAGCUCAUAAGGGAUCUAUAAGAGGUGUUGCAGUGGAUGGACUGAACCAGUUGACCAUUACAACUGGUAGUGAAGGAUUACUCAAAUUCUGGAACUUUAAAAACAAAGGUUUAAUCCAUUCUGUGAACCUUGAUUCAUCUCCAAAUAUGAUGCUGCUACAUAGGGACAGUGGCAUUUUGGGACUUGCCUUGGAUGACUUCUCCAUUAGUGUUCUGGACAUAGAAACUAAGAAGAUUGUCAGACAGUUUUCUGGACACCAAGGCCAAAUAAAUGACAUGACUUUCAGUCCUGAUGGCCGUUGGUUAAUAAGCGCUGCGAUGGAUUGCUCCAUUAGGAUUUGGGACCUUCCAUCUGGGUGCCUUGUAGACUGCUUUUUGUUGGACUCAGCUCCUCUCAAUGUUACUAUGUCCCCGACUGGAGACUUUCUGGCAACUUCCCAUGUGGACCACCUUGGAAUUUAUCUGUGGUCCAAUGUUUCCCUGUAUUCAGUCGUCUCAUUACGCCCGCUUCCUACAGAUUAUGUUCCAUCAGUAGUUAUGCUUCCUGGUACUUGUCAUACCCAAGAUGUAGAAGUAUCAGAAGAAAAUCUAGAGCCAAAUGAUGAAAUGAUAGAGUAUAAUUCACCAGAACAGUUGAGUGAGCAAUUAAUCACUCUGUCACUUCUCCCCGAAUCACGGUGGAAGAACCUUCUUAAUCUUGAUGUUAUUAAGAAAAAGAAUAAGCCAAAGGAACCACCCAAAGUACCCAAAUCAGCACCAUUUUUUAUUCCAACAGUUCCUGGCCUUGUACCUAGAUAUGCUGCACCUGAACAAAAUAACGAUCCCCAGCAGUCUAAAGUGGUAAACCUUGGAAUUUUGGCUCAAAAAUCAGAUUUCUGCCUGAAACUUGAAGAAGGAUUGCUAAAUGAUAAUUAUGAGACUGCUCUCAACCUUCUAAAAGAAUUGGGCCCAUCAGGAAUUGAAACAGAACUGCGAAAUUUGUCUCCUGAUGGUGGUGGGUCUGUAGAAGUUAUGCAGAGUUUCUUGAAGAUGAUUGGAAUGAUGUUGGAGAGGAAGCGUGAUUUUGAGUUAGCCCAGGCCUAUCUUGCGUUGUUUCUAAAGUUACAUCUUAAAAUGCUUCCUUCAGAACCCAUACUCCUGGAAGAAAUGACAAAAUUAUUAUCACAGGUGGAAGAAAACUGGAUUCAUUUGCAGUCACUCUUCAAUCAAAGCAUGUGUGUUCUAAAUUAUAUCAAAAGUGCUUUAUUAUAAACUUAAGUGACUAAAGAAAUCAAAGACAUAUUAAAUGGGUUCAGUUUAACUUAUCCUUGUUUUCCAAGUGCAGUGUGAAAAGAAGUGCUAGCACUACUUACUUAAUCAGUAAUUCUCUCCUUUAAAUCUUAAUACAUUCUUGAAAUAAAAUUCUACCUGUCUUUUGUUUUGAAGACCUAAGCAAUCUACUCAAAUGACUUAUUUUGAAUCUUUUCAAAUGAGUUACUUGUGUAUGAAUUUCUGAUAUUACCAGCACAUGUUUUUGAGUAUAUUACAGAUAAGAGAUGGCUCCCUAUUUAUUGUAAAGUAGUGCUGAACUGUAGUGAAGAUACCAUAUAAAACAGAUCUAUAGUAUUGUAAAAAUGCCUUUAUGAUAUGAAGAUAAAAAAUUUCCUUCAUGACUUUGGAUGAAGGCCGAUUGUAGAAGUUUCAGCUGUCUUCUAGUACACCCUUUUCACAGAAGUGUUAAAGUGAGGUCUUGUGGAAUCUCAGAGAUGAUCUAACACAGACCUGCUGCUCUCUCCAUUAUUGUGUUCUGAAGGAAAUUGCCUUGGAUCAGGACUGUGAGAGGCACUUGCCCACCUGAGGCAGAUUGCAAAAGGAAAGGUUGGACCUAUAGAUACCUAGCAUAGCCAAGGGGAAUUCCAGAUUCCAUUGAAGGUCAUGCCUCACAGGUUUCUCUUCCUUCGCUAAUGACUUGUUUGUUUGGCAAGAAACUGCUGGCCUUAUCUUUCACUCACAGAUAUUGUGAAUUGCAGUAGCUCUGGCAGUUUUCUUUUCUCAUCAUCAUUUUCUUCUUUAUGGUUCAAUUCUUUAGCAAUUUGUAAAUGAGAAAUAAGCAGUUCUUAAAAAUGCAGAGUUCUGACUAUUUUUAGUUUCUACGCUCAAAAGCCGUGUCACUCCUAAAAUGGAGCUGGCUGGAUUUGAUCACUGAUAACAUUCUUGAUCAACAUUAGGAUAAGAGUUUACAAACUAAUUUACAGAGAGCAUUCAUUAAAAGAAGUUGGCCAAUGAGAAAUUUAACAUUAAAGUAUAUUUCUUGAUAGUAUAUGGUAGAGUCAGUUAGCUAAGGAAAUAAACCAGUCUGCCUUUACACACAUUUACUUUUCUCUUAAAAACAUAUAUGUCGUCUUGUUAAGCUGCCAUCUGAAAUGUUAGUAACAACCUCAGUUCUGAUUUUAAAAUAUCUACUAGCCAGGGAUGUAGCUCAGUGGCACAGUGCCUGCCUGGCAAGUGCAAGGUCCUGAGUUCAAUUCCUGGUACCAAAAAAUAACAAAAACAAAAACAAAACUUUAUCAUAUUUUCCUUUGUCUCAAAUGCAGUAAAGGCAAAAAUCCAGUACAUAAUCAUGAACCUUGUAAAGAUUGUAACUAACACAACAUAAGAACUGUGAACUAAAAUUGUAUUCCUUUUGUAAAUUAUGAACUGAAUUUUCUUGUCUUUCAAAUGACUAUAGAGUUGAAAAUAUUAAUUUUAUUGGCAGUAUCAUUAGGUAGUAUUUCCACAUUAUUUUAGCAGGUAUCUCUUCCAGAACCUUUCUUGUGCAAUUGCCAUCAAGGGACAGAGCGCCAGAGAUAAUGAAGUAUAAUUUUGUGUCUGUAUUUUUCUUAAAAUGUCUGUGCAUAAUGCUUUAUUUUUAAAUUAAAUUUUAAAUUACACAUAUAUGACUAAUUUUGCUUUUAAAAAAUCAGUCAAGUCUUUUGACAGGCUUCAAUCCUCAUACAUAGAUGCAAAAAAUAGAUUUUUACAUACAGGUAUGUUUCUCAUUGUGCAGCUUACUUUCCUACUUUCAUUGCAUUCCAUUCACAUUUAACUAACCUCUUUGCUUUUGCAUUGUUUCCCACAAUCUCUUGCCUAUAGUGGAUACUUAGGUAAUUCACCCUUUUUUCUACUCCAACUGUAAGCAGUGCUGAAGUGAACCUCAUCUUGUAUGGGUCUUCGUGCACUAGUGUAUAUGUUUAGGGUUUGAAUUGCUUGACCAGAAGACGAGCAGUUAUAAUUUGAAGAGAUACUUUUAUUUGGCUUCCAAAGUGGCUAUAGCAAUAAAUAGUUUCCCUCAACAAAGAAUGAGUACCUGUUUUGUCAUAUGAUGGACAUUUGAAUUAGAUCUUUAUAAAAUUAUAAUUCUAUUAAUCUGAUAGGUGAAAAAAUAUAUUCAGAAGUUUUGCACACUGGUAAGGGUAAGCGUCUUAUAUUUAAAUUAGGUUAUUCAUGUUUCUUUGUGAAUUUUCUUCUGUUGCUCAUUUUUCUGUUUAAUGAUUUGUCUUUUUAACUCAAAGAUUUUACAACUUAGAUACUGACCUUUUAUAUCUGUUGUCAGUGUUUCUCCCAGUCAGCUGCUUGUCUGUUUCUUUUUAUAGAUGUUUUAUAUUUUUAUAGUCAAAUUGAGAAAUUUUUAUAUCUUUAUUACAAGGUACAAAGUAAAUCCUCUUAUUUUCUAAGACAUUUAUCAUGUGUUCACUUGUGUUCAUUUCAUGGUUAUUUGUAUUUUCUUCUAAGAUGAGCAUCUGAGUGGUUAAUGUCUACAUCUGUAUCUGUAAUUGAUUUAUAUAAAGAAGUUGAGGGCUGGGGAUAUAGCUCAGUGGCACAAGCACCUAGCUGGCAAGUGCAAGGUCCUGAGUUCUAUUCCCAGUACCAAAAAAAAAAGAAAGGUAAGCUAUAGACCUACCUUUGUCCAAAAGUCUAUUCAGAACUCCUUUCUUAAAAAGUGCCUUUGACUCUGAUAUGAAAUGCUACUUCAUUAUGUACUAAAUUAUUUUGUUGAACCUUUUGAUAUUUCUAAUAAAUAGUGUAUUAGUUUGAUUGUA